AUGGGGGAAGCAGCUGGCAGAGACAAGGACUUAGAGGUUGUCUUCCAAAAGAAUGGUCUAAGCAGUGUUUGUUUCUUGCUGCCUCAGGUUUCAGAUACAGAAAACAUCCUGGGCAUUGUUCAAGCUGAAACCAUCAAAGUCUCUGUGGAGGUCUACGAUGUUAAUCUGAGCAUCAACAUGCCUGAAGGUCCAGAUGGUAGCUUGGAAUUUGGAACCAUUAAUGUCCUGGAUAAUAAGCAGCAAGUCCUGAGUCUGCAGAACAAAGGCUUAUAUGACAUUGAGUACAGUUUCAAGCUGACCACUGGAAGUGCCAAGAGGGGUGACUUGGAAUCUCCCUUCACUGUCCGGCCGCAGGGGGCUGUGCUGAAAGCCUCCCGGCCACCUGUGAAAGUUGAGGUCCUCUUCCACCCCACGACUGAAGUGUUUCUCAAGAGCAAACCCAUCCUGCUCUGCCAGGUCAUUGAUCUCAAAUCGGGUCAAGGAGGCGAGACCGUUGCCACCAUCCCAGUGAGGGUGUCGGCGAGAGCUGUGUACAGCAAGGACAGCAUCGAGCCUGCCUCGCCCAUCGACUUUGGUGCCAUGGUUAAGGGCACCAAGAAGAGACAGGUCUUAAUUGUAGAGAACAAAGGCGCCCUCAACUUCAAAUUCCUCAUCCACCGAGCACCUCCACUGCAAAGUUCACAGCAAGAGGAAUCUGCCCCCUCGGUCAGGGAAAGAAAACGCUCCACACAGGCUCAGCUCACUGCAGGCGUGUUCACGGUGUCCCCUUGCUCCGGCUCCGUCGGUCCUGGGGGCCAGCAGAAGAUCACAGUGGAUUGCAGCCCAGGAGCAGAGGGGAAAUGCGAGGAGCAGCUGUACAUUGACAUCAGCAACAGAGACCCCAAGGACAAUCCCCUCGGCAUUCCCUUUACCCUGACUGCCGAGUCCUGCCUCCCAGCGCUUGUUGAAGACGUCACGUCCAUCUUUGAGCAGUACCCGAUCCACAGCAACGUCAAUCUCCGCCAGACGUUACAGUCGGUGCAAGGCAACGGUGUGUUCAUCAGAGAUGAUAACAAAUUCAUCUUCACCAAAGUUCAGGUUGGGCAACGGGCCACGGCUCGCUUCAAGAUCUCUAAUGGCAGCAGUGUCCCAUGUGACGUGGUCCUCUCCAUCAAAGCCUUGCCUGGAGAGCCUCACAGCCUCAUCAGCAACAUCUUCAAGCUGGAUCCUGUCGAGAUGAGCAUUCCUGGCUUAUCCCACGCCUUUGCUACAGUGACCUUCACUCCAGAACAAAAGGAGGACUACCAGUGCACUUUCACAGCUUCCCUUGUUAGCCCAAAAAGCAGCUCCGUGAAGAUGAAACCCCAACAGCUGACCUUCACUGCCAGUGGAGAGGGGCACGUGCCUCAGGUGACAGUCGAGUGCCCGGGCCUUCGGAGUAAGAGAGGAACCCCUGUGCUGCGCUUCAGGAGGCUCCUGCUGGGGGAUUCACAGACACUCCCCCUGGUCCUUCGUAACAAUGGCAUCAUACCCACAAAGUUCACAGUUCAUAUCAUGGACGACAAGGGAGUUUUCUUUAUGAAAGGCAGGCAGUCCGCACUCCGUGCCUUCCACAUUGCAGACAUGGAAAAGGACUCCACUGGAAAAGCCAAGAAGCGUCCCGAGAAGCCUGACCUGCUCCUGGAACACGGGCAAUCAGCAGAGUUUGACGUGUUUUUCAAACCCACCCUGGCCCAACGUCUGAAAGGGAAGAUCCGUGUGCCAGUGUCAGGCAACAGUGAGAUCGACAUAGAGCUGGUGGGUGAAGGCCACAAUGAUGACUUCACCCUUGAUAACCUCCCUGGACUAGCAGAAGACAGCCAGGAGAGCAAUGCUGAGGGCAAUCUGGAGGACGACAUCAUUGAGGCUGUCAGAGCGAAUCACAUAAGUUUAGGGAUUGUGCACAAGGAGGAGGUGAUGUGGUUUGAGUGGCUGCUGGCAGAUGCCCUGUUCCAGUUCUCCCCCAAGGUGGGACACCUCCAGCCUGGCUGUGCCAAGAAUAUCAGAGUGACCUUGAAAUCCAAGGUCCCGGUCACCAUCAAAAGGCCCUCUGUGAACUGUAAGGUGGCCAAGAUCAAAUACCAGCUGCCACCAGAGGAGGUUUACGACUGGGACGACAGAAUGCGCACUGAGAAGUGGGAGGAUACCACCGAGAGACUCCCGGGAGCCCGCUGGCCUUUGAAGCGGAGGGUGGUCAAGGCAGUCCCGGAACCACCUCACACCAUCGUGGAGAGGAGCAGCCACGAGGUCGAGCUUGUCCUCAGUGCUCAGGUUGACUACGCCGAGUUCAAACUGGACACGGUCGAGGUUCAGCUGAAGCAGACUGAGCUCUUCCAGACAGAGAUAAGCACGGAAUGUAGCCCUGAAAUACUGCUGGGAGGAGAAUCUGGAGGAGGAAAUACCAUCAAAGAGUUCUGGGAGGCCGUUCUCGUCCACUCAGACACGUAA